AUGAGAUCUCCAGUACAAGGACGACCAUUUAUAUUGUACACGGCUUCCAGUGAUAUUGUUAUUGGGGCACUGCUAGCUCAAGAAGAUGAAGAAGGCUUUGGACAUCCAAUCUACUAUUACAACCGAACCAUGAAAGAUGCUCAAAUCAGAUACCCGAAAGCUGAAAGAACGUGCCUGGAAUUAGCUCAUGCAAUACAAAGAUUCAGACAUUAUUUUCUAUCUAACAGGGUCAUGCUUGUCUCCAAAGCUGAUCCCAUCAAGUUUUUACUCUCGAAACCUGCUUUGAUAGGAAGACCUACAAAAUGGCUGCUUCAGAUGUCAGAUUUCGACAUAGUAUGUGUUUCUCCCAAAGAAAUCAAAGGUCAAGCGGUAGCAGAUCUACUGGCUUCCUUUCCAGGGGAAGAUUCCACGACACCACAGGACGAUGUACCAGGUGAAUUCCCAGAAAUUUCAGUCGUCAAGGAAGAAACGUGGUUGUUGUACUUUGAUGGAUCUGCUACUCCUAGCAACGAUACUGGAGGGGCGGGCAUAGUCUUGGUCUCUCCAUCUGGUGAAGUAUUCUCACAUUCAUUUAAGCUGGAUUUCCACUAUACAAAUAACUCAACAGAAUAUGAAGCCUUUUUGCUAGGAUUAUCCUUAGCUAAACAGGCAGGAGCAAUACAUCUGGAGAUCAGAGGAGAUUCAAAACUGUUGGUCAAUCAAAUGAAUGGGAUAUACUUUCUCAAGGGGAUAAUGCUUGCUCCAUUCAGGGCUGAAGCGCAGCGACUCCUAACUCAUUUCGCUGAUGCAACUAUCACUCACACUGGCCGAACCAACAAUAGACAUGCUGAUUGCUUGGCAACCCUCGCCUCCAAGUUGCAAUUCGAAGGGUUAGAGAAAGCUAUCAUAGUGCAGAGACGAGCUGUAUCAUCUACGUGGCUUAGUCAAACUGAAGAUGCUCAAGCAAACGACUGGAGAGCACCUAUUAUUCAUGAACUGAGCAGUUCCGUAGCAGAAGGAACAAUCAGCCUUAAAGAGCUAAAAAACUUCUUCCUGCUCCACGGGGCCUAG